AUGAGCGAACCUAACACCAAGCGCUUGAAAACUAGCAAUGAUGCCGAGUAUGAAUUGAUAUACUGGCCUGGCAUCCCUGGCCGCGGCGAAUUCGUGAGGCUGCUGUUCGAGGAGGCUGGCGUGCCAUACAAGGAUUAUGCACGCACCGCCGACGAAGCUGUCGCCAAGGUGCUCGCUCUGACCGACACGAAUAACAUCGGCGACGAAACCAAUCCUCCUAUUCUCGCACCGCCAGUGCUGAAACAUGGCGAGGUUGUUCUCAGCCAGAUGCCGAACAUUCUCAUCUACCUCGCGCCAAAGCUCGGCCUGUCGCCCCCUGCGACAGAGAUAGCAUUCUAUCACCUGAACCAGGCUUCCCUAACAAUCUUGGAUGGGUUUUCGAACGAGGUCCACGACACUCACCAUCCGAUUGCCACUUCUCUGCGCUACGAAGACCAGAAGGAUGAAGCCAAGAAGCGCUCAAAGGCAUUUAUCGAGGAGCGCGCGCCUAAAUUUCUCGGCUACGUGCAGAGGCUUCUUCACUCCAAGACGAGCGGAAACGGGCCAUGGCUUUACGGCGACAGCUUGACAUAUGUCGACCUUGUCCUUUUCCAGUGCAUCGACGGCACGUCGUACGCAUUCCCCAAGACAAUGUCUCAGCUCAAGAGUUCGGGUAAAUACGAUGCCGUCUUCGAGCUGUACGAGGCUGUCAAAGAGCGGCCAAACAUCAAGUCCUACCUGGCAAGCAAUCGGCGCACCAACUACGGCGACGGAAUCUGGCGUCACUACCCAGAGCUGGAAGAGACGAUUGAGGUCGAGGUGAAUCUAAAGGAAUAG